GCCGAAGUUUAAUGGCAACGCUUCAUUUAUCUUGGCAACAAGUUUAUGCUUAAAAUUUUGGUCGGCGUGGGGAAUUACGUUCCAUAAUGGGUAUUUCACGCGACCAUUGGCAUAAACGAAGGAAAACUGGUGGUAAACGAAAGCCCAUUCGUAAGAAGAGGAAGUUCGAAUUAGGACGCCCUGCAGCUAAUACUAAAAUUGGCCCACAGAGAAUUCACUCUGUAAGAACUCGAGGUGGGAAUAAAAAAUAUCGUGCUUUAAGGCUUGAUCAUGGGAACUUUGCUUGGGCAUCUGAACAAUGCACUCGUAGAACCCGUAUUGUAGAUACCGUCUACAAUGCCAGCAACAAUGAAUUGGUACGUACGAAGACACUAGUAAAAAAUGGCAUCGUCUUGAUUGAUGCUACGCCCUUUAGGCAAUGGUACGAGGCCCAUUAUGCACUCCCUCUUGGUCGGAAAAAGGGCGCCAAAUUGACUGAACAAGAAGAGGCAAUUCUCAACAAAAAAAGAAGUAAGAAAACAGAAAAGAAAUAUAAGGAAAGACAAAAGAUGGCCAAAGUUGAACCAACUAUGGAAGAACAGUUUAUGUCUGGAAGGAUAUUGGCUUGUAUAUCUUCAAGGCCUGGACAGUGUGGACGGUGUGAUGGUUACAUCCUAGAAGGAAAAGAACUGGAAUUCUAUCAAAGAAAAAUAAAAGCAAAAAAAGGGAAAUAGAAAAAUGUAUUCUGUAUAAAAGAAUAAAGUCAAAAAAAUUC